UCGCGCGGAGUGGGUCUGUGGCUGGGGAGCUGGGGGAGCCGCGGGCCGGGCCGGGACUCGCUACAGUCUCUUCUCCCCUUUAGCCUUGGUGCCCCCUGCGCGCAGUACCGGCGCCGCCUGGACACCAUGACGCGCGGAGAGAAGAAAGCUGACUACACCACGUCACCUAUCCGUGGACCUGGAGAUGGCAUGGAAACUGAGCAGCCACCUGAACCUGUAGAAGUAAUAUCUAGUUCACAGACUACAAGCCAUCAUAUCCAUCACAACCCACACAAAAAGCCAGUACCUUCACUGAGUCCUGGAGUUCUUCAGCUAGGAAAAGUAAAUGCUGACAAAUCAGUGGAGAUUGAAGCUGUUCGAAUCCUGGUUCCCAAAGCAGCUAUAACUCAUGUUGUCCCUACCAAAAAUGCUAAGUUGGCUAAAUCAGGGGGCCAUCAUAAAGGAGAGACAUUAUGUCAGUUAGAUGGAGCUGAAGAUGCUAAGAGAGAGCUGUUGGAGUUAAAAAAUGCAAUAGAAAAGCUCAAAAAUUCAGAAAGGAGACUGCUACAGGAUAAGGAAGGGCUCUCCAAUCAGCUGCGUGUACAGACAGAGGUAAAUCGAGAACUGAAGAAGCUACUUGUUGCUUCUGUGGGGGAUGAUCUACAAUAUCACUUUGAGCGCAUGGCCCGGGAGAAAAAUCAGCUGAUCCUAGAAAAUGAAGCCUUAGGACGAAACAUGUCGCAGCUGUCUGAGCAAUUAGAGCGGAUGUCUAUACAGUGUGAUGUGUGGCGGAGCAAAUUCCUAGCGAGCAGAGUCAUGGCCGAUGAGCUAACAAAUGCCAGAGCAAUUCUUCAGCGUCAAACCAGAGACGCACAAAGUGCAAUUCAGGAUCUGUUGAGUGAACGUGACCAGUUCCGUCAAGAAAUGAUUGAUGCCCAAAAAGUGUUAGAGGAGCUACUGGUUUCUCUCCAGUGGGGAAGGCAGCAGACGUACUAUCCUAGUGCUCAGCCUCACACAACAGCAGAGCUGGCUGCUGUGAACCAUAAGCUGGCCAAAGCAGUGAGUUCCCACCUUCUUGGAAAUAUGGGCACCAGCAGUCCAAAAAAGACUUCCCAGCCAGCAGAGUUCUGCAACACACCUGCUGAGAAAAUGGCUGAAAUGGUGCUACGAGUCCUGGAUCCAGCUGCAUGUACAGAAACACCACCAGAAGUUCCCUUCUCUGAGUCCUCCCCAUCUUCCUUCCUUUCCACAAAGAAGAACAUUGGACGGUUUCACCCAUACACCAGAUAUGAAAACAUAACAUUCAAUUGCUGCAAUCACUGUCAGGGUGAACUGAUAGCUCUUUAAAAAAAAUCACAGUGCUUGAGAACAAAGCCCAUGUACUUGCAAAUAUGCUGUAUCUUCCCAUGAACAAUACUAUUUUCCAUUCUUUGCUAUGCCUUUCCUGGGGAUGAAUUUCUUAUACUAGAUAUAAGUUUACACUUCUGUAUCUCUAAUGCUUAAGGACCAUGCACACUACACUCUGGGAUUUUUUUUCCCCGGAGCUGGACUAUAAUCAAUACAAUUUGUGACUAUCUACAAGGCUAUAAAGUAUUACGACAAUAAAAUUCUAAUGUAGGUAGGCCCUUAGAUGUAUAAGAUCUGUUGUUAUAUUAUGCAAUAUUAAUGGAUUUCUGCUCAGGGGAAGACAAAACAUUAAGCUAUUUAAGAAGAAUAACCAGCAAGUUUUCUAUUUGGAACUUUCGGAUGGUGCUUCUCUUUUAAAAAAUAAGCUGGAUGUAUGUUAACUGGAGAAACGUCAAGUCAUGGCAGCCCUUUCAGCUGAAAGGGAACUG